AUGGUACGUACGUACAUCAGUCUAGACAAAGACGAGUAUGUCAUGUUACCAAACAACUCGGUCUACAGAAAUGUCGCGAAUACAAUCUACAACCAAGGUGAAUACAGCAUCAUCAAUAGAAGCAUGGUUGUGUGUACUAAGUACUCGAAUAAUUACAUUAAAGCACGAUCAACUGACGAGUCACAGAAUGACACAGCCCUACAUAUACUGACAUCCAUUGGUCUGUCCUUGUCUGUUGUUUGUCUUGUGUUUGUACUGGUGACGUAUCUGUUGUUUGGAGAACUCAGGACAUUACCUGGUAUAAACCUGAUGAAUUUAUCGUCAGCCUUACUGGUGGCCCAUUUCGUGUGGCUGAUUGGAUCAGGCCAGACAGGUUCUCAUGGAGCAUGCGUUGCCAUUGCAGUAAUCCUUCAUUAUUCAUUUCUUGCUUCGUUUGCUUGGAUGUCUAUUAUAGCUUUCAGCACAUGGAAAAUAUUCUCUUCWAUGCGAAAUGCUAAUAAAUCAUCUGAAAACGAAAGCAGAAAAAGAAAGAUACGUCGCACUCUUGCAGUUGGAUGGCUCCCGGUUUUCGUAUUGGUUCUCAUUUGUCUCAUCCUAGACCAAUCAGGAGCCGUUGAGAUUAGGUACGGUGGUCCCAAGGGAUGCUGGAUCAACAAUGGUCGUGCCAACGUCUUCAUCUUUGUUCUACCAAUAGCAGUGUCAGUUGUGUGGAAUGCCGUGUUCUUUGGUUUGACAGUGAAAGCUCUUCGUAAAGUGGCACAGCAAACAAGAAUGGUCAAGGAGCAGCGCGACUACAAUCCAGUGUAUGUCAAGAUUGCARUGCUGAUGGGGUUCACGUGGAUCUUUGGCUUUUUAGCCUCAUUUGUGUCUCCUUAUUUUCUGUACCCGUUUGUUGCACUGAAUACCAUUCAAGGGGUGUACAUUGCCGUGUGCUUUACUUUCACAAGACGAGUAAAGAUCUUGUACGAGGCCUUGAUUUCUGGAUCCAAGGAAAAGGCGAGAAAUCCAAAACCGCAAGGUUUGCAAGCUCAUGGAAAAACACAAACUGAGAGCACGAGAUUGUAA